AUGGUCGCUGCAAUCAGGUCUGGUCUGCUGCGGCAGGCGGCGACAUGUCUGUGCCAGCAACGAGCAGUUCCUUUACGGCCCAUAUCCCGCGAUGCGCUUCGAAGACUGGCAUCUACACUCGCAGUGCUCGAGCAAAGAGAUGGAAAGCUAAACAUGUCUUCAUUAGCUUCCGUAUCUGCGGCUCAGAAACUAGGCGGCAGUAUCCACGGUUUCGUGGCAGGCUCAAACAUCAAAGGCGUGGCAGAUGAGGCGGCCAAAGUCGAAGGCUUGGAGAAGGUCAUCUACGUGGAGAACGGAGCAUACGACAAGGGUCUGCCGGAGAACUAUGCCCCGCUACUGGUAGAGAAUAUCAAGAAAGGGGGAUAUACGCAUGUGAUGGCUGGACAUUCGGCUUUUGGCAAGAAUCUGAUGCCCCGGGUUGCGGCUUUGUUGGACGUGCAGCAGAUUUCGGAUAUUACAGGUGUUGAGGGAGAGGAUGUGUUUGUGAGGCCGAUCUAUGCCGGCAAUGCGAUCUUGACGGUACAGAGCGAGGACAAUCCGAAGAUUGUUACGGUUAGAGGGACGGCCUUCCCUGCUGGUGCUGCAGAGGGUGGUUCUGCAAGCACAGAGGAGGGUGUUGAUCCCAAGGCGGAAUGCCCGACCGAAUGGGUGAGCGAGGACCUUGCGAAGAGCGACAGACCAGAUCUUGCCACAGCCGAGAAGGUGGUCUCUGGUGGACGAGGAUUGAAAUCGAAGGAGGAAUUCGACAGGCUCAUGCCUCCACUUGCGGACGCUCUAGGUGCUGCCAUUGGAGCUAGCCGUGCCGCCGUCGAUUCUGGAUUCGCAGACAACAGUCUGCAAGUCGGUCAGACUGGCAAGAACGUUGCGCCACAGCUAUACUUGUGUGCAGGAAUUUCUGGGGCCAUUCAACAUUUGGCAGGCAUGAAGGACUCGAAGGUCAUUGCCGCGAUAAACAAGGACUCAGACGCACCCAUCUUUCAAGUAGCGGAUGUUGGUCUUGUUGGAGAUCUGUUUGAGAAGGUGCCUGAGCUCACGAAGAAGCUCGGGAGUGCAUAG